GAAGCUUGCAGUAAACGGGCUAAAAACUCUGAGGCUGUGCGGCUGUUUAUCCACGCUUUGGAGAAGAGAAAAAAAAACAACAACAUCACCCGCUCUGUUGUUGUUGUGUCUAAAAACAAACAAACAAAGUGACGGUGUGAAUGUUGAGCCGGGAUCAGAGCGACUUUCCUCCGGAGCGACUUCAACUUCCACCAAGUUUACUUGGGGCAUUUCUCUGAAGACUCUGCAGGCUGGAGCUUGAAGGUGACUUCCUGUAGACAGAGGGGGAAACCUUUGUGAGAAGCAGGAGAAAGUUGCCGUUUUCGCCCGCUCUCAUCAUACUGGAAGCUGCAGGAUACUAAAAUGGCGAGAAGAUCCCACGUUCCCUUGCUACUUCUUGCAAUAUGUUGCCUUGCAGCUGCAGGACCUUUGUUUCGGAGCCCCUGUGAGCUGCUGCCGGUGGGGACGGGACACCCGGUGCAAGCCAUCCUGAAGAGCUUCACCGCCCUGUCAGGGUGCGCGAGCAGAGGCACCACCAGCCUGCCCCAGGAGGUCCACAUCAUCAACCUGAGAGGACACGCUCCGGAGGGUCCAGACAACACUCCAGCAAAGGUUGAGCUCCAUCUGAAGCCCAUCCAGUCCAUGCUGCAUCACCAGAAGCCUCUGGUCUUCGUGCUCAACUCCCCCCAACCACUGAUCUGGAAUGUCAAGGCGGAGAACCUGGCACUGCGCAUCAAACAUACCUUUCAUGUAUCCGAGGGCUCCGAGGUCUACUUUAAGUCGGGAAACUUCUCCCUCUUCACCGAGAUCCUGGAGGAGACGCUUCCCCAUGGCAACGAGCACCUCCUCAACUGGGCCCAGAAGAAGUACAGGGCAGUCACCUCCUUCUCUGAGCUCAGGAUGACUCAAGCCAUCUACAUCAAAGUCGGAGAAGAUCCAGUGUUUUCUGACACCUGCAAGAUCGAUACCAAGUUCCUGUCUUUGAACUACCUGGGCAGCUACGAGGAGCCACAGACCUCAAAGGGUUGCGUCCUGUCCGUACCCAACAAAGACAAAGAAGUCCACAUCAUCGAGCUCCAAGCCCCCAACUCCAGCAGUGCUUUCCAGGUGGAUGUCAUAGUCGAUCUGCGGCCUCUGAAGGACGAUGCCGCGGUGUUUCGUGACGUCGUCUUGCUCCUCAAAUGCGCCAAGUCCGUCAACUGGGUUGUCAAAGCCCACAACGUGAUUGGCAAGCUGGACGUCGUGGCAUCUGAUACCGUGAGUGUUAGCUCACAUGCAUCAGCGUCCAAACACCCCAAACAGCACCUACCAUCAGGGCCACAAGCCUUGAUCAAGUGGGCACAGGAGCAUGGCUACAGUCCAGUUACAUCCUACACCAGCACUCCUGUGGCCAACCACUUCAACAUCCGACUUAGAGAGCCAGAUGUGGUGGAUCCUCUGGAGAGCCAACUGCCUCCCGAGCUCUCCAUCCUGCGCAAUUCCAGUCCCCAUCCUGGACCUGGAACUGCAAUGCGACGCUCCGGUCUUCCUUUUCAGUUCCCUCCACCUUCGUCCGGGGGCCUGCCCUACCUCCAUCUGCCCUCCGGCUUCGGCGAGCAGCCCUGGGAUGAUGGAGAACCCGAGGAGCAGCAGGGUGUUCUGAGCGUCGGCCUCAGUGUGAAGUGUGAGGAUAAGAGGAUGGUGGUCAGCAUCGAUAAAGAGAGUCUGCAAGCCAACGGGUUCCCUCAUGCCAACCUCACGCUGGAAGACCCAAAAUGCAAAGCAACAGUCAAUGCCACCCACUACACGCUGGAAACUUCUCUGACUGGCUGUCAGACUGCUGUAUAUCCCCUGCCAGACAGCCCAAUGGCCCUCCACAUUAACUCUGUCGUGAUCAGUCAUGCCGAGACUAAGGAUGGGAGUGGCGGUCCGGUGGAUCAUGUGGAGCAGCCAUCCAUCAUAGGGUUCAAUUGCACAUACAGAAAGAACCAGGACCUCUUCGACACAGUUCCCAGGAUUGUACCGGGACCGUCCAGGCAGCCGGUCAACAACAUGACGUUUACCAUGGAGCUGUACAACACCCCGCCGUUCAUCAAUCCUACACGCCAGGCCUUCUACACUGUUUCACAAAAUCAGCAAGUGUUUGUGGAGGUCACUUCUCCGGCAUCAGAUCCAGAGCUGGGCUUCACCAUCAUAUCAUGCUUCAUUUCUCCCAACUCCAACCCCAGCAUGGUCUCAGGCUACAGGCUCAUCGAGACAGUUUGCCCCACAGAUGACUCCGUAAAAUACUAUCCUCAGAGGGAUUUCCCUGUCCCUCACAUAAAAAUGGAUAAGAAAACUUUCAGCUUCACCUUCAACUCAAAGUUCAACAUGUCCCUUCUCUUCCUGCACUGCGAGAUGUCUCUGUGCUCAAAGAGAUCUCAGGGGAAUCGAGAUCUACCAUCGUGCUUAAAACCCGGUGCGCCCUGUGAUUCUCUCACUGUGGACAAUAUCAUGACGAUGGCGAUGACCUCCAAGAUGUCGACCAAACCGAUGGUGGUGGUGGAUGGUUCGCCAGACAUAGCAGCUCCAGAAACGCCGAUGGUUCCUCCAAGUGAACCGACUCUGUACGUGCUGGACACUCCGACGGUGGUGGGGAUCGCCUUCGCAGCCUUCGUGAUUGGGGCUCUGUUGACCGGAGCCCUGUGGUUUAUCUACUCACACACAGGUGAGACAGCUGGCACACAGCCGGUCCAGAAGUCCCAGCCCACCUCCGAGAACAGCAGCGCGGCCCACAGCAUCGGCAGCACGCAAAGCACACCGUGCUCCAGCAGCAGCACGGCGUAGCCCAGGACCGCCACCCAGCAGGCCGCACGAAGGGCCCGGCGGUCCACAAAGACCGGUUGGUUGAAAGGAAUUAGCUUAUUAGAAGGAAAGAAAAAAAAAAAGUCAGAUUCAUGAAAACACCCUUAGUCCUUGUGUAAAGCUGGUGCCGCUUCAAGUGUGCGCAGACCGAACUGUCCUGGUGUCAUUUGUGCGGUUCUGAGACUCAGCUCGGCAGGCUCACUUUAAAAAACACAAGAAGCAAAUGUGAGUUUAUUCCAGGCGUUUUUUUUUUUCUAAUCCAAAUGCUGCUUUUUUUUUCCUGACCACAACACAGCCGUUUGUUUUGACCCUAAAUGGUUUGAUUUAGGCUGUUUGUAAGAAGCAGGUGUACUCCAAGAGUGAGCAACAAGGCUGCAGCGAUGCCAGUAUUAGAGAAGUGAGAUGUUGAUGGCUGGACCGUUACUUUAUGACAUGCAACCCAGAACGUGGCGAGGGAGCAAAGCAACCACUAUUACCAUGCAGACAAAUGUGCAGUACGUCAUUGUCUCGACGCCGAGAUCGUGGCUUUUAAAAGACAGUGUAGGUAUUGAAUGUAUACAGAAGAGUAAUUGCCAAAAAAUGUGAACGAUAAAUGUGAAAGACAUGCUGAUAAAAUUCCACAUUUUAUAAUCAUUUCCUUUAUAAUGGAUUCAUACACACAGGUUGUUAAAGUAUAUAGGUAUAGCAAUAUGUCUGAGUAGAUCUUCACAGGGGCAUUAUGGGUUCCCUUUUACCAGCUGUUGUUAAAGGAACAGUUCAGCAUUUUGAGAAAUAUGCUUAUUUGCUUGUCAUCCAAAGGUUUAAAGAGAAGAUUUGAUACCUCUCUUGUGUUUGUGUAUAAAAUAUGGAGCUGGAUCUAGGAGGUGAGUAGCCUAGCUUAGCAUAUAACAUGUGGAAACAGAGAAUUCAAACGAAUGGUUCACAGUUACAACACAAAACUCCUC